AUGGCAACAACAAUCCUCCCAGCAGCAGUAUUGGCCAUCAUAACGUUGCUUCAGUUUCAGGCCAUUGAUUCAACACCGGUCACUUAUCAUGUUGGAGAUGAAGAAGGUUGGGACCUGUCUAUUGACAUGCAAAGCUGGACUCGAGGAAAAAACUUUCAUGCUGGUGAUUUUCUCGUUUUUGAAUUUGAUGAUCAGAGGUUCGAUGUGGCGCUGGUGAAUGAAGAAGGGUUUGAUACCUGCACUGUUAACGCUGGGGCAAAAGUGUUGGACUCUGGCAGUGAGAAAGUCCAACUGGCGUUCGGAGCUAAUUAUUUCAUCGAUAGUGUUUCCGACAUAUGUGCCGGUGGUUUGAAGAUGGCCAUCAACGCCACUGCACCACCACCCUUGUUUUAG